CUUCCCCUGUCCACUUCACAGAUCACAGGGCAGGGGUCAGGAGGUCAGCAGCUGGUCAUUAUAAAGCCUGUGUGCACUGCCCUCUCUGCAUCAGUUCACUCUGAGCCUCUGAAGCAGGCACAUAUACACACACAGCUAAACCAGCACCAACAGCUAUGGAAUAUUCAGCCAUGUUUGUAGUUCUUUUGAGUUUGAGUUCAGGGCUUGGGAGCGGUCAGAGGAAUGAGACAUUGGGAUACCCUCUGUACAUGAUGCAGUUGUACCGGGCCUUUAAAAUGUCUGACUCUCUGUCUUCUCUGACCCCCGGGCAGGAGAUGAUCGCACCAAACUCUGACUCUGUGCUCAGUCUUACAGCCAAAGGCUGCCAUCAGGUCGGAGCCCACUGGACCAUGACCUUUGACCUGUCCUCUGUCUCCUCCAGUGAGCGUGUGCAGUCAGCUGAGCUCCGCGUGCGUCUCCCCGUCUUCUCCGCCUCCCAAAGGGCUAUUGUGGACCUGUACCACUCCAGAGCUCUCUCCUGCCCUCAGCACUCACACUGCAGAGAAGAGCGCGUUCUGUUAGGCACGUUUGAGAGCGCUUCGGCCCACAGCGCCUCCUCCUGGAAAGUGUUCAACGUGACGGGCUUCUUACAGGACUGGCGCGGCGGAGCGUUGGCCUGGGACAGCUCAGGGGACUCUGAGGAGGGGAGCGCGGCAGCGGGGGGCAGACUGGUGCUCGAUAGACCCACGCAGAGGAAGGUGUCCCACGUGACCACAAACCGCGUUACCAUGGUGAUCUUCUCCAGACAGAGUGUUCCUUCAGUGGGGCAGCCAGCCUACAGCCUCAUCCAGACCGUGCAGAACUCCAAGUACGUGGGGAGGUUCAGGAGAGAGUCGCCUGGAAGGAGCAUGGGCAGGAGGCACAAGAGAAACCGGCUGGAGCACACUGUAAAAGAGAGGCUGAGGACAUCAGACAGGGCCAGUCCCACAGGGGUCCCAGAGGAGGGUGGGCCCCGGCCUCUGUGCAGGCGUGUGGACAUGUGGGUGGACUUUGACCUGAUUGGCUGGGACGCCUGGAUCGUGCACCCCAAACGCUACAACGCCUACCGCUGUGAGGGGGAGUGUCCCACUCCUCUAGACGAGUCCUUCAACCCGACCAACCACGCCUACAUGCAGAGCCUAUUGCGCCACCACCAGCCCGGGCGGGUGAGCUGCCCCUCCUGUGUGCCCACGCGCCUCUCACCCCUCUCCAUGCUCUACUACGACAGCGACGACCUGGCAGUGCGCCAUCAUGAAGACAUGGUGGUCGAGGAGUGUGGCUGUCACUGACCAUGUUUACUGUUGCCACAGAUACGACAUUGUGGUUGAGGAGUGUGGAAGGCACUGACCAUAGUUUACGGUCACCAUGGAUACGAUGGCGACAUCAUGAAGACAUGGUGGUCGAGGAGCGUGACUGUCACUGACCAUGUUUACUGUUGCCAUGGGAUACC